AAGAGCCGUUCCUGUUGAUGAUGGACAAGUACAUUAAUCAAAUUUUCGGUUCCUCAUCGUGGUCAGAUGUCGAUGUGAAGGAAAUACCAUCUUGGGCAUGUUGUGGAUCUGAAAUACGUCAAAUUUCAUCAUCACUUUAUUUGCAGCUUCGGAGAGAAAAAAUUGCUGAUAGGAUGAAGAAGCUGCAAGAACUUGUGCCAAAUUCUAACAAGACCGACAAGGCAUAUAUGCUUGAUGAAAUCAUUGAGUAUGUCAGACUUCUUCAGCUCCAAGUAAAGGUUAAGAAUGGUUUGCCGCAGUUGCCAUCAAUCGGUCAAGAAGCUGACAUUUCCUUCGACGAAACUGCUUUAGAACAAGCAGUGAGGCUGAUGGAAUCGGACGCGAACAAGGCAAUGCAGCAUCUCAAAAGCAAAAGUUUCCGCCUCAUGCCAGUUGCACUUGCUGAUGCCAUUUCCACAGGAAAGGAAUUGUCUUCAUCACCAUCAACUCCUGUUUCUGAUGAUUGGCAGAAGAAGAAAACCAGUUUUGCCGGUGUUGCUCACAAUAACAAAUUGGAUUAGUUACUACUUCAUGAAUUUUAUUUUAUUUUUUCUGUUUCGAUGACCUUUGUUUUUAAAUUAAAAAUAAAAUAUAAAAAAACCA